AUCACUGCUCCCUGUAUCCGACCCCAGCCAAUGGAAGAAGAAGCUCGACAGAAUGAAAAGUCGGCAUGAGGCAGUUCUCCGAAAGCAUUUUGGCUUCCCUGAUGGAGGGUUGAGCAAACUACAACAGCUGCAACAGGCUCAACGCUUCGCAGAAGUGAGAUUGGAAGCCAUGAUGAUCUUUGCUGAGCAUUGGGAGGAAGCAAGAAACAACCUGAAGAAAGUGACGAACGAAAGAGACCAGCUACUGAUGAAAGAGAAGAAAUGCCGGGAGUUGUUGCAUGGCAAAGGAGGCAAUCCUUCCCUAUACAACAUACUCAGGUUGGAGGAUAUCCACAUUUUUGUCGCGCAAAUGACAUCGCGGUACGACGCAAUUGCCAUACAGGAGUUCAAAAACGACAGGGAGCUCCACGAUCUCACCAAGCGCUACAGAGUCAAAAGUGAAGACAAGAAUUUCAAAGACGGGGUGAUUACGUUGAGGAGCAGGAGAGGAAGACUCCUUCGGUAUUCUGGGCCUUCACCAAAAAACCAACGCUUUAGAGAAUUGAUGGAAGACACGGAACGCCGAAUCGAAGUUGUGAGAAGAAGCCUGGCGAAUUUUCUAGAGGUGUGCUGUAAAUAGAAGCUGGAGAACGGAGGGAUGCUCAGAGUUUUUGUUUUGAUUGUCAUUGGUGUUAAUUGAGGAGGCACAUGGAUUAGGACUGUACAUUAAUAGAUGCCACGUGUGUAGCUUGCUAUGUCGUGGCGAAGCAAAAAAGUGCAGUCAAGCUCUGAGGUUGAUGGUAGUGCCCGAGCGCCCAAGGUAUUCAGGCAGAUCCUCGGCUAUACGCCCGAUUGGGCAAUCGACAAAGUUAAAGUCCAAGGUCGAACGUAGCAGAUGUGCUGGGCAGAGGGAAGUGGGGCUCUUCGGACGAGAUUUGUAGGAGCAUGGCCCAACGCUUCGCUCAACUUGGACUUGGGGGCCACGACACAGCCCUACCGCGUGCCGGAGGCAAUUUGUGCGCAUGGAAGAG